AUGGCCAGCACUUGCUCGUUUCCUCAUGAUCCCUUCAUCAACCUUGCCAAGAUGGCUGCUGUAAAGGCACUAGAUACCGCAGAAGAGUUCUUCAAGCUUCAGUACACCGAAUUGGCGAUCAAGCAAGCCAUGGUGGCCAAAGAAUUCGACCCCGACUUGCAAGGUGUGGAUUACUUCAUCCUAGCGUACCAGAUCCAUAAAGCUGUGUCGUACAAGAAAGACUGGUACCAUGUUCUUGAAUUGGCUCGCUUUGUGCACCCAGACAAGAACAGCUCUGUUGCUGCAGAAGGAGCUUUCAAGCAUGUCAAAGCGGCUUGGGACUUUCUCUCUAACCCUGCCAAAAAGAAGGCUUACGACAAGUCGUUAAAGACUCCGGAGUUUCAAGGGUCACAUGUGAAGAACAGUCGCAAAAGGGCUUGCCCUAAGGGGAAGACCCCUACUACUGGAGAUGGUCUUUUCAAGAAGACUAUCAAGAUAAUGAGGACAACAAGCUCAGGCCAAAAGACCUGUUGUAUGAGGAUAUCUGUUUGCAGGAUUGCUUGA